CGUUGUUUGGCCGGUGACGCCGCUUGUACACGUAGCCUACCAGUAGGAUGUGGCCAUUGAAGAUGGUGGCGUUGUGUCAAACUCUCUGUCCUGCGCAUUUCUCCAACUGAUUUCAACCUCUUCAGUGAGAUUUUCUGGAGCGACUUGAUCGUCGCACCUCUGCUGCCAUGCAGCCCCCCCCUCGGACUGGACCCCAGGGAGCCUCUGGGCCUCCUCCUUCCGGGCCGAAUAUGUUCCGCAGGACCAGGCCUCUUAAGCAUACAGCAGCAUCAACAGCAGCUGCGCCUGCUUCAAUGCCACCCUCUACCCAACCCAUGACAGACCCGUUCGCUUUUGUCCGAGCCCCACCUCCUAUGGGUGCAGAGGGUGUCCAAGUACCCCACAGCGACUCUCUGCUAACACAAGCCCCACCCGAUUCCACCUACACUCUUCCAGGCCCAGGUCUAGCCCCGCAACCGCAGACAUCGGAGGGUGUCCCAGCUGCUCCAGCUGGCCCCCCACUGUCCUCUCUGCCAGGGGUGCCCAUGUUCAGCCCUCACAGUUCAGCCGCGCCUGGUGUUCAUACGGGAUACGCCCCUUCGCAUUCUGAACAAGGGUACUUUAACUCGAGAGAGCAUACGUCAGCCGUAGCUGCAGAACCGCCAUCUGUGCCGUCAGCCCCAGUACCAUUUAAUCAGGAAUCCCACGCACAGUCUCCUCCUCAGCCUGUCACCUUCCAGCCAGUGCCUCCUGCUGCCUCCUCUUCUCAAAGGACCUCCGAUCAUGGAAGUCGCCCUCCAUCUGUUCAGAACUAUUUUCAGCCUACAAGUGACCCUCCACAACAGCCUUUUAAUCCACAGCCGCAGGCCCAGAUGUACCCCUCGAAUGCCCCUACCCCUCCGACACAAUUUAGGCAUCACCAGAUGCAAAAUCCUCUUCCACAUCAGAACCCCGGAAAUGCCCCCAGUCCUCAUUAUGCUGGACUAAAUAUGACCCAACAGCAUAACUCUCAUAUCCAACACCAGAGCUAUUUCAUGCAGACCUCUGCCCCACAGGUCGUGUGGUUCAAUCAAGCGCCACAGGACCCAGGCUACCACCAAGUGGCGACUGCCCCGGUCCACCUGCAGCCUGACUCAGACUCUGGAUCUCAUCGUGUACCUGACAUGGGUCCCCAGCAUGGUUCUGCUUCUGCGACAGUUCCGUAUGCUCAAGAGUCUGGUACACUCGCCAUGUUUUUCAACGAUGAUGUAGAAAAUGAGGAAACCUUGGCCGGAGAGCGAAAAAAGGUCCUGAACGGCAUUCCUGAAUCCUCUCAUUCUCAGAAUAAUCCGCAAGGUGCCCCACCAGCCCACAGUGGUCUUUCAGGUGUUCCUAUUGAUAACCAAGGCUCUCGUUUUCAAGACCAUUCACACAUACCAUAUAUGAACGACGGAAACGCUACAUCGCACAGAAGGAGUCCAAAUCCCCCUGAUGCCCGGUAUGACCAUGUGGAGAAUUUGGAAUGUGUACCGAACCAGGAAGUGUUGCCCAAUGAAAUUCAUGGCAGUCCUGCUGGAUUACCUGCAGCCCACGGAAUGGACACCUAUGGAACUGGCCCUAACCUGGAGACUCCGGAUUCUAUUCCCAGACCAAUAAGAUCUGCUAGUGCAUCAUCAAACUACAGUAAUAUGAGUCACGGAAGUGGUACUGCCAGUCGUCGACACCAAGGUGUAGUUGGUACCUUUAUUCAGCAGGAGAGCCCACGUCUCGCAGAGGAUGCUAACUUGCCUUCCACGGCUGUUGCUGCUGCUGGAGGCUACUUUGAACAGAUUGACUCUUCUCCAGCUGGAGAUGCGGCCACACAGCCGAGCUCUUCGGAGCAAAUGUGGCCCUCUACGCCUAGCCCGCCAAAACCAACUGGUACCUUCCAGGCCAGUGCUAACAGCUCGUUUGAGCCUGUCCGCUCACACGGGGUCGGGGUGCGCCCCGCUGAGUUCGAUAGAGCUAAAAUGGUAGCGGAAGGUGGCGCAGAUCCUACAUUGGGCAAUCUGGAGCAGCCACCAGAUAAUAUGGAAAAUAUUUACGGGCCAGGUCACCCUCUGCCUAUUGGUGUACCUCAGCUGACAAACCCCGUGGUUCAGUCUCACUCUCGACCCUCAUCCCGUGCCUUUGGCGCCAGUCGUCCCUGUGAGAGUCCUGCCACGACUUUAUGGGCCCAGGGUGAGCCUACCAGCUUGGGUGCUAGCAUUCUGUUAGCGCCCGCAGCCCCGACUGUUCUCGCUCCACUAAGGGAGCCUAGUGGAGAUGUUAUACAGCCACCAGAAGAUGGUCCACUGGACCUUCAUCCUCAUCAAAGAAUCCCACAACAACAUUCAGAGAACCUAGAGAACCCACCAAAGGUGAGUGAGUUAGACACCGUGAGCUCUCAAGGCAACAUGGGCUAUGCGUCUCUCCUUGUGUCUGAAUCGAUCCAGCAGCCUGUUCUGAUUGCCCCACCUGUGUCCAACUCUGUGAUUCCCCCCAGUACCUUUGCUCAAGUGGCCAGUUUAAGUACUACACCUGUAAGAACACACGGACAAGGCACCAGUAUAUCUCUUGCACCUGUUCUUUCCCCCAGUCAGAAUCCACUUAGCCCCCCUGCUCCUACCUCAAACCCAUUCCCGCUCAAUCUGACUCGUGAAAGUGCUGAAGUGACAACUUCCGGAAUCGCUUCAGCACAGCCGCAUCCAGUCCCCCCCUCUUUUUCUCAUGGCCCAUCGUUGAGUGGAGACCCCCACUUUGUUCUCCCCGUUAAUCCUCUGGCAUCGCUUGCAACUGCUUCUGUCACCAAUCACAAUCAGCCCUCAAAUUAUGAACUCCUCGAUUUUUCUAUGCACCAAUCACAGAGCCAAAAUCAAGCAUCUGGGCAUCCGUCUACUUUACACGAGUCUCAACAGUCAAGUAAUGGAUUUUACAUGCAGGUGACCAAAGAUGCGCAACAUGGGCUAAGAGUGGAUGUGAAUGCUCCUGUUCAGACAUCAGGUCCUUCAGCUACAUCACAGGUCACUGCAGCUUCUUUAUCGUCCGCUACACCGGUCCUGCCAGUUUCAUCACCGUCCGCUCCAAUGGUCCUGACAGCUCCAUCGUCAUCCGCUCCACCAGUCCCGCUGGCCUCUUCGUCAAACACAGGGGUUUCGCUGACUUCUUCCAUAGCAGGCACAGACAGUCAGCAGCCCCCACCAGAACCCGCAAGGAUAGCAGAGGCAAAUGCUGCAGCACAGGGGCAAAGUGAUGCCUCUUUUCCUGUAAGGGGAGUAGAGCCUUUCCCUGGGCAGUAUCCAGCCCUGAUGCAAGGACCUGCUACUGCAAGCGUUCCUCCAAGGCCACUCCCUCCUGGGUCACUCCCUCCUGCAUCUGCUCAGCAAGCUCCCGCAGAGCCGCCUCGACCACCCUCUUCUGCUGGCAGCCAGCAGGGCUACGGGUACCCUCCUCCUGGCCCGGGUCACAUGUAUGGAGGCUAUUAUGGAAACUAUGGAGAAUACCCCGACGGCCGAACACCAUAUCCUCCUGGUCCAUACCCACCCGGGGAUCCGAGAGCUCAGCAGUAUUAUCAGGAUGGUCCAUAUAAAUCCAGAGGAGAUCCUUGGUAUGGCAGGUAUGAGGGCCCCAACCCAGCUUACCGUGACCCAAACUACCAAUGCCGAGAGCCUCCACCAGAACGACCCAGCUCCAGGGCCAGUCAGUACUCUGAUCGGCCCCCAUCCAGGCAAGGCUAUCCUGAGGACUACCACAGAGCGAACCGAAGUGCCUAUGAUGAAUAUUAUGCAAAUUACGCCAAGCACUAUGAUUAUGCAGGAUACAACUAUGGACAGUAUGAUCCCCGAUACGGAGGAUACUAUGAUCAGUCCUACUGGUCCACUUAUGACGACAGAUAUAGAAGCAGAGACAACUACUAUAAUCAACAAAUGUAUCCUGCCAGGAAAGAAGGCUACGAGGACCAGUGGCGCUACUACCCCGGUUACGAUAGCAGCUUCGACGACGACUACCGCCGGCGUGGUGGCGACGCAUACAAUGACGACUUUGACCGACGCAGCGUGCACAGCGAGCAGUCUGCUCACAGCGUGCACAGCUCUCAUAGCCACCAUAGCAGACGCAGCAGCUUCAGCUCGAGGUCCCAACAGAGCCAAAUGUACAGGAGUCAGCCGGACUUGGUGUCAGCGGUCUAUGAUGCCACAGCAUCCACGCUGGCUGUGGACUACUCCUACGGACAGUACCCAAACCAGACCGACGCAUCCCAGAACUACGGACAGUACCUCUAUCCCUCUGAGUACACAGCAGACAGCACCUGGCUCACCCCUGAACAGCCGCCCCCUCGUCCGGCCACCCCGGAGAAGUUCACGAUGCCCCACCGUUGUGCCUGCUUUGGACCCGGUGGUCAUCUCGUCCAGGUUCUGCCCAAUCUUCCCUCAGCAGGACAGCCUGCUCUUGUUGAUAUUUAUAACUUGGAGACAGUGCUGCAGAACACUUUGGAUCAGGAAGAACUACUAUCUUUCCCUGGACCACUUGUUAAGGAGGAGACCCACAAGGUGGAUGUGAUAAAGUUCUCCCAGAAUAAAGCGCUGGCAUGUUCCCAUGACAACAACCUCUUAGACAGAGAUUCCGCCUGCCUACUUUGGGACUUCAUUGUGCUGCUGUGCAGACAGAAUGGGACUGUGGUAGGCACCGACAUCGCCGACCUGUUACUGAAGGAGCAUCGUUCCGUGUGGCUGCCAGGCAAGAGUCCAAAUGAAGCAAAUCUGAUUGAUUUCAACAACGAGCCACUGGCCAGAGCGGAGGAGGAGCCAGAAGCCGGACCGUUGUCGCACAUCUUCAUGACGGUACCAGAAAAUGUUGGAGAAGAAACGGAACACUUCAGGGAGCUGCUGCUGUUCGGUCGCAAGAAGGAUGCGCUCGAAGCAGCUAUGAAAGGAGGUCUGUGGGGCCACGCUCUCCUUUUGGCCAGUAAGAUGGACAACAGGACACAUGCACGUGUCAUGACAAGGUUUGCCAACAGUUUGCCCAUCAAUGACCCUCUCCAGACGGUGUACCAGCUCAUGUCGGGUAGGAUGCCUGCUUCAGCUACUUGCUGUGGAGAGGAGAAGUGGGGUGAUUGGCGCCCUCACCUGGCCAUGGUGUUGUCUAACCUCACACACACUUUGGACCUGGACACUCGCACAAUCACCACCAUGGGUGACACUCUAGCGUCGAAGGGGCUGAUUGAUGCAGCACACUUCUGCUAUUUAAUGGCUCAAGCUGGUCUGGGUGUUUACGCCAAGAAGACCACCAAGAUGGUUUUGAUUGGCUCCAACCACAGUUUACCCUUCUACCACUUUGCGACCAAUCAAGCAAUCCAGAGGACGGAAGCCUAUGAGUAUGCUCAGUCUCUGGGCUCCCAGCCUUGCUCCCUCCCCAAUUUCCAGGUCUUCAAGUUGAUCUAUGCAUGCCGUUUGGCUGAAGCAGGCUUGAGUGCUCAGGCAUUCCACUACUGUGAAGUCAUCUCUCGGACUGUCCUCGUGCAGCCAUCCUAUUACUCCCCUGUAUUCAUUAGCCAAGUCAUUCAGAUGUCCGAAAAGCUGCGAUUCUUCGACCCCCAACUGAAGGAGAAGCCCGAGCAGGAGUUGUUCAAUGAGCCUGAUUGGUUGAUCCAGCUCAGAGAGCUGGCUGGGCAGAUCAGAACGGGGACAGUUACCUACAGUGCUGACAGAAGAAGUCCCACACAAUUCACCAGCAGCAGCCCCAGCUCGGACCUGGAUCUGCCCAUUCCAGCGGAGCCGAACGACGAGUUGGACGGUCCUGGCUCCGACAAUCCAUUGAUGAGCUCGUUACUGCCUGGGCCUACACCGCAGGGAGUACAGCUCAUGCCUCCAGCGCCCACCUCCAUCCUCCAAGACGGAAUGGCCCCGCCUCAACCCCCCUGCGAUAUGCCACAGUUCUACCCAGUACCACCCAGCGGGCCAGCCGGUCAUGUUCCUGUGUCAGGCUACCCUCCGCACGAUCUGGCCUAUGCGCCUCCCCACUUCCAGCCUCCACCCGUGCAGUCGGAAAUGUACCCGGGAGCUCACCAGCACCCCGGGCCCCCGCCCCCUCAUAUGGGCCAGAUGUCACCCCUCAUGCCCCCGCCCCAAGUGCCCCAUUCACCUGUGCAAGGGAGCCACCCGCCGCUCCAGAUGCCGGCACACGUGCCGCCUUCGCCCGGGCACAUGGGCACACCACCAGAGAUGCAGAUCAACCAACCGAUCUCCCCGCACAGAAGCUCCCUCACACCGCAGAUGGACUUCUAUGACCACAUGGCACAGCUGGCUCCUGGCAGGAGAUCGAGGACCACGUCACAGUCUUCAGUGCACCGGGCCUCGGGACGACGCUCUCGCACCACUUCAGAGUCAUCAACUCACUCUGGCGGGCGCGACAGGAGCAAUUCGGCUGUCAAACAGGCUUCUCCUCCACCUCCCUCUAUUCCUGAGCAGCCCCGCAAAGAGGAGACUAAAAAAGCCAAGAAAGACUCUCCCAAAAAGAGUGGCGGCGGUGUGGGUUGGCUCACGACUUGGCUUUACAGGAAGGGCAAGAAUGAGGCUCACUUACCGGACGACAAAAACAAAUCUAUCGUGUGGGACGAAAAGAAGCAGAAAUGGGUUGACUUGAAUGAGCCUGAGGAAGAGAGUAAACCCCUUGCACCACCUCCCUCUGGGUUCCCCAAAAUGGCUCCCAUGCCUGUUCCUUCAGGGCCAGCUGCACCCCCGAGCAGUGGCCCUCCAGUCAACAUGUUCUCUAGGAGAGCUGGCUUGAAGAGCAGAUAUGUGGAUGUGCUGAACCCCGGUGGAGGUGCCAAAGCAGCCGGGAUGACUCCUGCUCCUCCCAUGGUCCUCUUUGCUCCUCUCGCACCGAUGCCCAUGCCCACCAACCUAUUUGUGCCUAGUUCAGCUCCCAAUGAUCAACAACCUCGAGAAGGCAGCGAAGGAGGAAAUCAGGAGCAGAUGUCACCAAACACCUCUGUUCCACAGAUGUUCAAUCCAACGCUGUUACCGCCCGUGCCGCAAGGCCCUCCUGUCCUCGACGGCUCACAUUCUGGAGAGCUCUCACGUUCUAGCUCAAUGAGCUCUUUAUCACGAGAAGUGAGUCAGCAUUUAAACCAGAGUCAUCAUCCAGGCCUGAGAAAUGCACCUGUAGGGGGCGGCGGCUUUUUAUAACCGAACAGACGCCACCAUCUUGUAAACAGACGACUUCCGCUACCUGGAAGCCGAUAAACGUGAAGCGGACGUGCUGCUUUCUCUCCAAACGAACAGCCCAGUCACUCUUUAAAGUCUAUUUUUAAACACGCCUGGUGUUUUUUUUUUUUUUUUUUUUUUUAAGCAGAACUAUUACACGGGCAUCAUUUAGUGUACAAAUAAAAGCUCUCAGCUUUACUGUUGGCACAAGCAGCCUCCUGUUUCUUCUCCCUUUCGUGUCUGUAACGUGCGGCUGAUUCUAGAAAGGAUGUUUUUUUUUUCAAAUUAAUUUCAUGUGGUGCCCUCAAUGAUGUUCUUCUGGAGACAUUUGAAGCACUUGUCUAGUAGCACAUUGUCUGCUGUGUCGUGUGCCCCCUACUCCCUAAAAGGAACGAGACUGGAUGUGAGGACGCUGCAUGUUUCCAGAUAUUUAUUUAAACGCCCUCCUGUCAAUCAAACGACUCAACUUUGAAGUCGAAAUAUCUUGUAAUGAACCAACAUGUGCAAAAAAAAAAUAAUCUAUCCAAAUGUUUGUAUGUCAGAUCGAUUGUAUUUAUGAGCUUUAGGCAUAAAAGUGUGUGUGUGCGCGCGCGUGUGUGGAAAACCAAUUUUUGUGUGAAUAGCUUUGAUGAGAAGCAUUCAGUGCAAAUUCACGUUUAACGACCUCUACUACAAAUCCACAUUGUGAAACAAGAGCAAGUUGUACUUUUAAGUACACACACUGUAAUUUACUACUAACAUGAUUUCUAAUGGAAUUACUUUCAGCCCCAGUCCCUCAGCUCACAUUAAUUCCAUUUUUUUGUUUUGUUUUGUAAACUUCAUUUGAAAAGAUCCCCUUUUGUUUCAGCAAAUUGAUCAUGUAAAAUAUAAGGCAAAUACUUAAUAAAGGUAUUUUUGCGCUCGA